AUGGAUCCUUCUCAGGCUAACCAGCACAUUACCCAUAGAGUGGAGCCACCUGAGUGUAAGCAAUGUGGGGGGGACUUUGUGUGUGCCCUGUACCUUGAAGUUUCCUCAAACACCCUCAGUACAAAAGAUACCCCUGAGGGUCUGCGGGGUGAUUAUGCCCUGAGUCAAACUUCAUUCCAAAGAGACACUAAGGAAGUCCAACCACAAGAGAAGCAAAAUACAUGUCAGGAGUGUGGGAAGGCUUUCAGGCAAUCCUCAGGACUCUGUAUUCACAAGAAAAUUCAUUCUGGAGAGAAACAUUAUACAUGUCAGGAGUGUGGGAAGACCUUCAAGCAAUACUCAGGUCUUUAUCAUCACAAGAAAAUUCAUACUGGAGAGAAACCUUAUACAUGUCAGGAGUGUGGGAAGGCCUUCAGGCAGUCCUCAGGUCUUUAUAAUCACAAGAAAAUUCAUACUGGAGAGAAACAAUAUACAUGUCAGGAGUGUGGGAAGUCCUUCAAUCAAUCCUCAAACCUUACUAGUCACAAGAAAAUGCAUACUGGAGAGAAAUCUUAUACAUGUCAGGAGUGUGGGAAGGCCUUCAGGCAAUCCUCGGGACUCUCUAUUCACAAGAAUAUUCAUACUGGAAAGAAACCUUAUACGUGUCAGGAGUGUGGGAAGGCCUUCAGGCAGUCCUCACACCUUAAUAGUCACAAGAAAAUUCAUACUGGAGAGAAACCUUAUACAUGUCAGGAGUGUGGGAAGGCCUUUACUCGAUCCUCACACCUUAAUAAUCACAAGAGAAUUCAUUCAGGAGAGAAACCUUAUACAUGUCAGGAGUGUGGGAAGGCCUUCACUCGCGCCUCAAGCCUUAAUAGUCACCGGAAAAUUCAUACUGGAGAGAAACAAUAUACAUGUCAGGAGUGUGGGAAGGGGCUGCGGAGCUCCAGGGUCGACCAGGAUGUGGUGACCUUCCCUGAUGUAGCUGUGUAUUUCUCCCAGGAUGAGUGGCUGUGUCUGGAUGCCUCUCAGAGGAAGCUCUACAAAGACUUGAUGCUGGAGACCUACCAGCAUCUUCGGGUUGUUG